AUGCCUGGAAUGGAAGCAAUGAUUGUGGAUGGCAAGUCAGCUGCAUCUGUGAAACAUGUUGAGGCACCAAAACUUCGACCACGCUCUAUCCUCGUUAGGGUUCAUUGCAAUGCCCUCAACCCCACAGAUUGGAAGCAUUUGGACUACUUUGGCAAGGAGGGCGCGACUCUUGGUUUCGACUUCAUGGGCACUGUGAUUGAGAAAGCCCCCGACGCUGGUACGAGUGUAAAGGUUGGAGACCGCGUUGCUGGCUUCUUGCACGGUGGUUGGGAUGCUGGCGUUGGUGCGUUUGCGCAGUACGUUGCGACGAUGCCUGAGUACGUUGUGGCUGUCCCAGACUCGAUGUCGGAUGAGGAGGCAUCUGGUCUCUGUGUAGCUGGCAUAACAGCUCUUUUUGGACUGUUUCAGAACAAGCAACUCGGCUUGCCAGAGCCAAGUGGAACCGAGCUCCCGCCGGUGGAUCCGAAGCUGAAGGUGCUUGUGUGGUCGGGUGCCUCGUCGGUAGGCCAGUUUGUGAUUCAGAUGGCCCGUGCUAUUGGUGCCUAUGUGAUUGUGACAGCGUCGGCGAAGCAUCUCGAUUGGCUGAAGUCGCUUGGUGCGUCGGAGCUGUAUGAGUACUCGAACAGCGAGACGCCGAAGCGCAUUGCCGAGGCGCACCCAGAUCUCAAGUAUGCGUUUGACACAUACUCGAUGAAUGGGUCGCAAGCUGCAUGCGCCGCUUCGAUGAGCAAGACGGAGGCUGGUAAGAUUGUGUCGCUUCUUCCAUUUGACCAUGGCACU